CUUGACGGUGAAUGAAUCACGGUACCUCAGAAUAUGGAGACAACAAAAAUGUCAGCGAAUAUUUGAGCGUCGUUUAAAAGGCUCCAACUUCCUUAAGCUUUAACCCUUACGCAGAAUUAUGAAAGCGGAAGAUAUUGCCAAACGCACGUUCAAAACGUGAGGAGGCACGAUGGAUGCAAAGGGCAGAGAGCGGCAACGGACACGAAAUGCUUGCAAAAGAACCGGUGCGCAAACGGAAAGCGUCAGUGUCCUGCGCUCGCUCGACAAUGAGACCAUGGGAGACGAUUUGGACCAUCUGAAACAACAUGGCAGCCUUGAACGGCGGCUCGUGGCACCGCGGUACAGCUUGCUUCGUGAAGUUGGAAGGGGCAGUUAUGGCGUUGUGUACGAAGCGGUCGCGCGUAAAUCAGGAGCGCGAGUGGCAGUGAAGAAACUGCGCUGUGAUGCGCCAGAGAAUGUGGAGUUGGCGCUGGCCGAGUUCUGGGCUCUAACCAGUCUGGAGAAACGCCAUGAGAAUGUGGUGCAGCUGGAGGAGUGUGUACUCCAGAGGAACGGCAUGGCUCAGAAAAUGAGCCAUGGCGAUAAGCGAUCAAGGCAGUAUUUGAGGUUGGUGGAGACCUCAUUGAAAGGUGAGCGUGUAUUGUCGUGUCCUGAUGAACCCUGCUACCUGUGGUUUGUCAUGGAGUUCUGCGAGGGAGGGGAUCUGAAUCAGUUCAUCCUGUCUCGCCGGCCCGAUCCCCGCACUAACGCCAGCUUCAUGAUGCAGCUGAGCAGUGCUGUGGCAUUCCUGCAUCAAAACAACAUUGUUCACAGAGACCUUAAACCGGAUAACAUCCUCAUCUCAGAGCGUUCUGGUGCACCUGUAUUGAAAGUGGCCGAUUUUGGCUUGAGUAAGGUGUGUGCAGGUUUGGCCGCUGGGGUUCGGGACUCCGAGGAGGGAUGGGACAAAAACAAGAACAGCGUUAACAUCAACAAGUUUUGGCUCUCAUCUGCAUGUGGUUCUGACUUUUUUAUGGCACCAGAGGUGUGGGAAGGACAUUAUACGGCCAAAGCAGACAUUUUUGCUCUAGGCAUUAUCAUCUGGGCCAUGAUUGAGAGGAUCACCUUCAUUGACGCAGAGUCAAAGCGGGAGCUCCUCGGGACGUACGUGCGACAGGGUUCUGAUAUUGUCCCAGUUGGUGAGGCACUUCUGGAGAACCCAAAGAUGGUAUUGAGUAUUCCUCAGCGCAGGCGCUCACAUAUGUCGGAGGCACUCCGGAAACUUUUGCAGGACAUGUUGGCCGUCAAUCCUCAGGACCGACCAGAUGCAUUGGAGCUGCACAACAGGAUGGAAAAUGUCACUUGCGCGGCCUGAACUCUGACCUCGUGUAAAUGGACACAAACACACACAGGCUUUCCCUUUCCACAACAGAACAGAAGGGACCACAUUGCACGGAAAACUGUGAACCUUCAUCGCUGAUUUAAUGUGAAGAGUACAAAGUACUUAACUUACACAUUUACAGAUACGUAAAUAGAUUUUUCAACUGACCUUUUUUUGUUCAUUCACAAAAUUUACAUUAUCAGCAAGUCCACAAGUGUGCAGCCUAACUCAAUCAUCAAUUGCAUCACUAAGAGUGAAGUAAAAAUAAAACGAAAUUUUGUGAUGCAGUAAGUACAAUCAAAAUAAAGCAAGCCCUUUAUAAGUCUUACUGAGUGACUGGGACUUUAAAAUUGUCUUUAUAGAGCUUCCCUAGUUGCACAUCUUCUAAAACAAUCCUUUGGCAUACUAAAAUUGAGGGGGAGGGACUCUUGAUUAUUUGCCAAAACAAGCACUAUUUACUGUGCAAAGACACCUAAGAUAGUUUUGAACCCAAGCAUAUGCACACUUAUUUUCAUUGGGUGGUGGUGUCCACUAGCAAAUAUGCUCAUAGUUUUACCCUUGGGUCCAACCAGUUAAUCUUAUUUGAGUCAGAAAAUUCAGAGAACAGCACACUUGAAUCUUCAGUCUCACUGUUACACCAUCAUAUCUUAAGUGAAAAUUAUUAGAAUAAAAGGCAACAUUUUAAACCCUGGUUUUAAUUUGCCAUAAAAAUGCUUGUGAUUUUCAAGUUGCCCAAGUCCAAUAUUGAGAUUUCCCAUUAAUGCAGAAUGGCCCUGAUGUCUUGAAGUCUAAAGAUUUCCUUUAGGUUUUGUUUUAUAAUUUACAGCUUUAUCUUUUUUUAACAUGCAGUACAUUCUCCAAGCUUUCAAUAUUUGAACACUUAUUAAGUGUGUGCAGUUUUAACCUUUAGGUGCCAGUUUUACAUUGUGUUAGAGUAUUUCUUGCCCAAAAAUAUUGAUGAAUUGAUUCUGGUGCCCCAUUUUAAGUCAGACUUUGUAGAGCCGCUGGCUUCUAUGAAUAAGCAGUGUAAACAUCCCUUCAACACAAAAACACACCCUCACACACAAAUUUUGGGAGUUGAUAGUUUUAGUUUAAGUAUGAUUAAGGGAGCAGUUAUAGAGUACGAGAGUGUUAUUUUUGUUUUACAUUUUAUAAAUUAAUUUCUUAUUUGUACUAGUGCAUUUCCAAUAUAGAACAGAGGAUUUGUUUUGAUUGAUUUAUUGUAAAAUUACAUGCUUUUUACUGGAUGCUCAAAGUUUUUAUUGUUACUCAAAAACAGGAUGGGAGCGCCAAAGUGGUACCGUUGCUCUUACUUUCAGUCGUAUCUUGACAUGAACUGAAUGAGUGUUUUCUUGUUUGUGGGUAUGUCUUUUUUUGCUUGAGAGUUUGUGUGUGCUAUAGUUCUACCUCAGCACUCCUGUGUUUUAGUAACUAAUCCACUAAAUUAACUAGCAGUGCUUUCUGUUUUUGGAAACAAGACGUUAAUGUGCUUCAGAUGUUUUUAUUUAUUAUAUAAUAUUUUUUUUGUAUAAUAAAUCUAUAGUCUCAAACUAUCUGACCAGUAUUUUUUACUUUUAUUUUUAAUUCCUCUUUCUCGUUUGUAUGACUGUUGAAUGAUAAAUUUGAUGGAUUUCUUUUCCCCGAAUGGCAUUUUAAAUUACUGUAUCUUUCGUGAGGUUCAAACUCAGCCCAGUGGUUCUUGGACUACACAGGGCAGUUAUUGUUUUAGAGAGAAAGAGUUGGUUUAUGUCAUUGAAUUUUUUUUUUAAUAUAUAUUAUGACUGUUUUCAGUUUGAAUGAUUUGGAGUGCUUAAACACUAAGAAUUUUGUCAUAGCAGUCAGAAAAACCAUGGUAUUAGACUGCACUUGCACUGAGGAUGAGUCUCCUAAGAGUGAACAGAGCAUAAUACAAGCUCACUUCCUGCUAUAUCACCUCAUGUUACAUCUGUACAUUCUUCUUUGUAUUUCUUGUGGUCCAACUUUGACUGUAAAUCACACUCAUCUAUGCAACCUUUUAUCUUACACUGUGUGAUGCUGCCUGAUAAACUAGCCUCAUUAUACCUUGAAAACUUGUUAUGAUUUUUUUUUUUUUUGUGGAGCAGUUUGUGCUUUUUUUGUGUGAGAAUUUGACUUAUUUUCCCAUUCUGUUUUGAUGUUUUUUUUUUUUCUUCAAUAAA